GUUCAGCUGCAAGCAUCACUUCAGCCCCUGCUGCUACAACAAAAGGCCUCCUUCAGGUUGCACCUACAUCAUCAAGCAUAACGAAACAGAUGGAAACUUCUAAAAGGAGCGAGAAGGCAAAGACUCUGGCUUCGUCUGCACACCCAGAUAACGUAACACAGAUAUCUACAGCAGAUGGGGUGAUAAAUAACCUUCAAAGGGAUGACUCUCUAGACUCUGGUUCCUAUGGAAAACCGGCUGAAACUCACGAUAGCGGCACACCAGCCAAAACGAUUGGCAGGUUUUCAGUCAUCAGCACACAAGACGAAUUAACUUUAACCGCGCCGCACUGCUUAAGGUUCUCGGCACCCCCCGACGUCUAUUUGGAUGAGCUGCCUUCCAGCCCUGAUCUGAAGACAGCUGUCCGACGGGUGCAGACGGCCUCUUCUGUCGACGUCCUCUGCGACCAGGGCUCGAGCGAUUCUGCCGACGAGCCUUUCCCUCGUCAGUCAGCUGCUGCCGCCCAACUGUCCCCCCCGAGCAGCAGUGCAGCCUCUGACUUAAUUAAAAAAGCAGCUGCUUUUCUGCAAAGGUCUGGCAAAGCUAGCUCGCCGAGCCUCGAUUCCCCGAACGGGCAGGGAGCAAAAAUUCCGACCAUCAACAUAACAUCUUUCCACUCGCAGUCGUCGUACAUGAGCAGCGACAACGACUCGGAAUUUGAAGAUGCGGAUAUGAAGAAAGAAUUGCAGAACCUGAGAGAAAAGCAUAUGAAAGAAAUCGCUGAACUCCAGACUCAGCAGAAAAAUGAGAUAGAGGCACUGUAUAUUCGGUUAGGGAAACCCCUUCCUCCCAACCUGGGGUUCCUUCACUCAGCCCCACCGAGCAGCCGCCGCCGAAGAACCAGCAAAAACAAACUGAAAGGAGGAAAGCUAUUAAACCCUCUGGUCCAGCAGCUCAGGAGCGGCACAUCAAGCACAAGUAAUCUUUCCGACUGUAAAGACUCACCCCACAAAGACACGGGUAAAACUCAGCCCGGAUCUCCCGAAGCAGCAGCAGCAACCUCCCCUGCCUCCGCCACCUUUGGGAAGGCUGUUCAGACGCAGCAGCCGUGCUCUGUCAAAGCCUCUUUGUCUUCUGACAUCUGCUCCGGCGUAGCCCCCGAAGGAGGUGACGUGAACGCAAGCUCUGGCCAAGGCUGGACGGUUUUCCACCAAACGUCUGAGAGAGUGACCUAUAAAUCUAGUAGCAAACCUCGUACCAGAUUCCUCAGUGGACCUGUGUCUUUGUCCAUCUGGUCCACCUUGAAACGACUAUGUCUAGGCAAAGAUCACAGUAGUAGAUCCUCGACAAACAGUCUCGUAACGUGUCCUGAGCCCCUCCCGCAAUCAACCCUGCAGGUUCAGGCCAACAACAGUAACAACAAGAAAGGGACGUUCACAGACGAUCUUCACAAGCUGGUUGACCAGUGGACGAGCAAAACUGUCGGAGCUGCACAGACAAAACCUUCCUUAAAUCAGCUGAAGCAGAACCAAAAAAGGCAAGACAUGGAGCCAAAGGCUAAUCCCAUGCAAACGCAGAAUGAGACAUGUGGA